AUGGUGAAAUCAAGCACACCGGUAUGGGUUUUGUUAUUCUCAUUUCUAUUUGGAUUUGAAAAGCCAAGAGUGACAUUGAUUGCGAUCAUCAUGGUGAUUGUGUUCGGUGUGUUUCUGACGGUAGAAGGUGAAACGAAAUUCGAUAUGGUUGGGUUUAUACUGGUGCUGGUCGCCGCGGUUGUUUCUGGUUUACGAUGGAAUUUGACCCAAUUGCUAUUACAACAAGAUCGUAUUGGCAUCAGCAGCCCCAUUGCCACCUUGUAUUAUCUUAGUCCCGUCAUGUUUAUAACCAUGUUGACUCUUAGCUUGUUGUUGGAACACCCUAUGGAUCAGUUUCGACAAUCUGAACAUUUUGACAAUAUCUACCAUGUGAUGGAAUCCUUUGGUCUGAUGGCAAUUGGUGGAUUCUUGGCCUUUGCCAUGUUGUUAUCUGAAUUGGCACUGAUUAAGAGUACAAACACCGUGACCCUCAGUGUGGCUGGUAUUAGUAAGGAAAUCGUUGUCAUCUCUUUAUCUGUGAUUAUCUAUGGUGAUGUACUUACCACCAAAAAUAUCCUUGGAUUGAUUAUUUCUAUUGCUGGUAUUAUUGGUUACAACUACUACAAGUUAUCGAAAUCAAAUCAAGACAAAGGACAAUACCAAAUGAUACCAAUGACCAUGUCUAGAAAAUUAGAAGAUUAG